AUGGUUUGUGAUUUAUGUCGAAGUCCAGACCAUUCCACAUCUUUUUGUAAAAAAAUACUCAAUCGGAAUGAUUUAAUCGAAAAAAUGUUAUCGGAAAAUCACGAUCGUUUUCCAUUUUCAACAUCAUCAAGAGUUUCUUUUCGUCAAGUUUUAGGUAGUGAUGAUAUUAAGCAAGAUUCUGGUUCUACUUGUAAAUUUUAUAAUGGAGCAGGUUUCGGAAAAUGUGUUCAACCGAAUUGUCGUUUUCUUCAUUUAUGUUCUCGUUGUCGAGUAGACAGUCCCGAUGAUGGUGGAGAACGAACAUUUGCCAUGAUUAGUUUUAUUUUCAAUCGACUUAAAAUUCCUUUAUCAGUAAAUAAAACCGUCCGUCCUGUUCAAGAAAUUGAAUAUUUAGGUAUUAUUCUUGAUUCAAAUCGCAUGGAGGCGAGAUUACCUCAAGAAAAUGUAUUACGUAUCAUGGAAAUGAUGAGACCUUUACUUAAUCGAUAUAAAUCGCUUUCGUCAACUAUUACCAACCGCCAGUCAAUAUCCGAAAAACGUUCCUUCAAUGAAAGACUUAACCUUUCCAUCGAUCGAAUCGAUAGUAUUGUAACUAAUUUAUUUAAUAAUGCUAUUUCUUCAACUUCGAAAACAUCAUAUUCUUCUGGUUAUCAACUUUUUAUUCGUUUUGCAGCUAUAUCCGGUUUGAACAUGCAUUCUUAUCGUUUACCUCAUAAUGCUAUUUUACGUUUCAUAGCAUUUUGUCAUGGUAUUCGUAACAUUCGAUAUUCUACAAUUCGCUCUUACUUAGCUGCUAUUUGCCUUUAUCGUUUACGUGCUGGUUUUUCUGAUCCAUUUUUAGAUAUGCGCAGUUAUAAACUACCACAAAUUGAAAUGAUUCUUAAAGGCGCACGACGUUUAGAUUUUUUACCCACCAUACAAUGCAAACCUAUUACCAUCGAUAUUCUAAACAAAUUAAUUGGCGUAUUACGAUGCGGUAUAUUUAAUCCUUAUCUCGAUACAUUAAUGCAAGCAGCACUUACUACCGCAUUUUGGAGUUUCUUCAGAUCCGGUGAAUUAUUUCCUGAUAAAUUUUCUCCACGCUUACAUGUUACAAAAGCUGAUAUUCAAUGUGAUAUAAACUGUAUUAUUAUUCAUUAA